AUGACCUCGCCGCUGAGCCCGUCGCGGCGCGCAUGCAACACCAGCGGCCCAGGCCACGACCAGCAGCAUGACGCUGUGCUGUGCGACCACACGCUGACCCAGGUGCUAUCUUGGCUGGGCGUGCUCGACCUGGCCGGCGCCGCAGGGCUGGUGUGCAAAGAGUGGCACCGCGCUAGCAUCUGCAAGGAGGUCUGGCGCAGCCGCAUGCAUGCCAAGCUACUGCGGCUGUUCUCGGACCCUUUUGCUGCCACCGUGCUGAUUGAGGCCCGCCCCGGAAGCGUAUGCUCGCCGGCACGGCUCUUCAAGGCGGUGUACUGCUGCAACCUCAUCCGCAACGGCGAGUUCCUCGAGCGGACGAACAGCACCCGCGGCUGCAACCCUGGCGGCAGCGGCCGCAGUGUCACCUGGGUCUUGACCCACAACGGCAAGGGCCUCAGCUGGGAGUACCCCCUGCUCGACCCCGCCCUGCCGCUCCCGCCCGCUUCGGCAACGCACCUCGCCCGCGACGGCAGCCCCAGCCCAAGCGUCCACCGCACGCUCAGCGCCGCGGUCGACAUCCGCUGGACAGGCCACGCGCUGCGCCGCACCCCAAGCGGCUGCGGCGUGACGGGCUGCGGUGCCAGCUCGACGGCCUCCGCCUCGCCGGGCAGCGGCGCCACCAUUCUCAGCACAAAAUUGAGCAGCACUGCCAGCAGCAGCAGCAGCAGCAGCAGCAGCAGCGUUGGCUCAGUGCCACCCGUGCGUGCAGCGUCUGGGCCUUUUGCUGUUGGCUGCGUGGCUCCAAGUUGCUUCCAAUGGUCUGAGCUGGCGCAAGGCAUCGACUUGGCACAGGCGCUGCAGGACCAGGCCGGCCUCACGCCGGCGCUGGCCGCCGCUGUACUGGGCUGCGGCGCCGCCGUGGAGUUUUCAGUGUGGGUCGCCAGCUCGGGUGGCGGCAAGGGCAGCAGCGGCGGCGGCGGGCUGGGCGAGUGCCAAGUCAUCCUGGGGCUAGUGCCGCCGCAGGACGUCGCUGCGGCGGCUGCUGAGCAGCUGCUGCUCGAAUGCAUGCCAAAAGCCGUCGUGCCUUUCGGUGACCGGCUGCCCUCCGGCCUGCCGUUGCCCGAGGCGCAGCGCGCGUCCAACGCUGCCGCAGCAGAGGGCCUCGAGGCGUUGGGCCUUGCAGCGACGCGCCUCAAAGUCAUCGGGCCCUUUGCCGCCGGCCAGCAGUGGGCGCAGGUCCGCUGCCGCCUGUGGCUGCCAGCACCGCCAGCAGGCGCGGGGGUGGAGGAGGUGCUGGCGCAGGCGCCCAAGCUGGUCGUUGCGUUGAGGGGCCGCUCCGAGGUCCGCGCCACUGGCCCGCGCGCCGUGCAGCGCGGGCCCAAGUUCAUGGCGGCGCGCGUGGUGUUUGUGCCUCUGGACGACGAGCGCUCGGACCCGCUCAACGCCUCGGCCACAGCGUGA